CCCAUUCAUAAAAAAGCCAUUUUCCCAGGCUAGGGUUGCAACAUCGCCGCGGAGGUUGCGAGCAGAGCUGACAGCGCGGAGCUGGCGCUGCAGGACUCAGGGAGCCUUGCCCGCUUCUCUGACCGACUUCUGCGAGUACAACGGCGACUGACCCACUCGGGUUCCGGGAUUUACACAGACGUGAAGCGAUGCUUGUGACUCUGCAGCUCCUCAAAGGCCCCUAGAAGCCUGUCUCUUGGUGCAGUCCAGGACCUCCAGCCUCAUGGAGCCCCCGAUCCCACAGAGCGUUGUCCCUUUGACUCCCAGCUCAGCCAUGGUGCAGCCCAUUCUUGACAGCAGGGUGCCCCACAGCCGGCUCCAGCACCCACUCACCAUCUUACCCAUUGACCAGAUGAAGACCAGCCACGCGGAGAAUGACUACAUAGACAACCCUAGCCUAGCCCCCGCCAUGGGUCCCAAGCGGACCCGGGGAGGGGCUCCAGAGCUGGCUCCUACACCUGCCCGCUGCGACCAGGAUGUUACUCACCACUGGAUCUCCUUCAGCGGGCGGCCCAGCUCUGUAAGCAGCAGCAGCAGCACUUCCUCAGACCAGAGGCUCCUAGACCACAUGGCUCCACCACCUGUGGCUGAGCAGGCCUCUCCCAGGGCUGUGCGCCUCCAGCCCAAGGUGGUCCACUGUAAGCCACCAGACCUCAAGGGCCCAGCAGCCCCACCAGAACUGGACAAGCACUUCUUGCUGUGUGAGGCCUGUGGGAAGUGUAAGUGCAAGGAAUGUGCGUCCCCUCGGACGUUGCCCUCCUGCUGGGUCUGCAACCAGGAGUGCCUGUGCUCGGCCCAGACCCUGGUCAACUAUGGCACAUGCAUGUGCCUAGUCCAGGGCGUCUUCUACCACUGCACUAAUGAGGAUGAUGAAGGCUCCUGCGCCGACCAUCCCUGCUCCUGCUCCCGCUCCAACUGCUGCGCCCGCUGGUCCUUCAUGGGCGCCCUCUCUUUGGUGCUGCCCUGUCUGCUGUGCUACCUGCCAGCCACAGGCUGUGUCAAGCUGGCCCAGCGUGGCUAUGACCGCCUGAGACGCCCGGGUUGCCGCUGCAAGCACACGAACAGCGUCAUCUGCAAGGCAGCCAGCGGGGACACCAAGGCCAGUAGGUCCGACAAGCCUUUCUGACACUUUAGAUGAAAAAACUCAGCACCGCCUUUGGAAACGUGGUCCCUCCUGCCGGUCUCCUGAGGCUGACCUUGC